CUAAAUUUUUUUGUUUGAGACACGUGAUAUUUAAUUUCUUAAAACUCUUCUUUUGUUGUAUAUAAAACACGUGAAUAUGUAAAUAAAAGGGGUAUAAUAGGGGUUACAAGCUUACAUCGAUUUUCUCGCGUACAAAGUCGCGAUCAUCCGCUAGUAUGAAAUAUAUCAACGCAACUCAUAACCUUGCUAUUGCGGCUGCAAUACAAACCAGAUUUAUUGUCACUAAUUGCAGAUCGACGUUAUUUUAGGGUUCCGACAAACGGAACCCUCAUAAGAUCACUCGAGUGUCGGGUCUGUCUGUCACAGUAACUUUUUUCUGAAUCCAACCAUGGACCAAUUUUUUUUUUAGUAAAUUUUCGUUUGGGGCUGGUUCGCCAGGGUUCAGCGAUUAUCGUACAGCAUCCACUUUUCAUCACAGGUGAUGAUUCGAUGUAAAAUACCUUAAUUAUUGUGCCGGUUGAGUAUUGUAACAUAGCAUUCGAUGCGCGUUUGUCGGUUUACUGCACUAAAUCAUGAGGUAGCCAUUUUUAAAGCUUUUUCACCUUCCCAAUUUACUUCAAGUUCAAGCUACCAGCUAGCUCGCACGUGGUUAGCGAUGGAUCCGCUUCCGCAAUAGUCUUCAAUUCUUCAUUAUUAACUUUGGUCUGCGGACGUCUACGAGGCUUGUGCUGCAAGACAAAAUUUCCAGAAUGUUAUCGCCGCGUUCCAACGACUUGCGGUACGGACGGCUUCAGUGUGCUCGUGGCGUUCGAGCCGUCCACACCUCUUGUUGUGUAAUUCUUUAUGGGUUACAUGGGAUAGGUGGGGAGAGUGACUUGAGUGGAAACUUGAGGGGAGUGUUUGUUAACAGUCAAAGAUCCUUUAACCCUUCACACAACGUUCACAAGUGGGUGACUUCACUCAAGGUCAUUCUCUGCCCUUCUAGGGUCUUAUUUUGGUUACACUUUGAUUUGUUAAUUAAGUUGUCCUGACAAACCUUUGUUCGACAUUAGUUUUCUUAUUUUUGUAAUCACGUCUGAGUCUGCUAAAAAGAACGAAAACGUUGGAACCAAAAACGCACUGUGCUUUAUUUUGCGACAUCGCCGCCAUACACAUCAUUAAUCCUUCGAGCCGUUUCUGCAGCACUUAUUAAAUAAUGAGCCCAGUUUGACCCAAAUAUUACUAGUUUUAGUCAGAUUUCAAAAACAUGAUAAAUUUAUAUCGUUCGGAACCCUCACGCGAGUUCAAUUCGCACUUGUCCGGUUUAGUAGAAAUAAUGAUAAUUUAAGAUGUAUCUAAGAUGAGUUGAGAUAAUUAUCGAUAGCGAUUAAAUCUACAUAUAACAUAAUUAUAACUGUUUACACGCAAUCAUUGUCACAGAAGUUGUUCAGCGAUGUGUCGCUUCUUAUGCGUUGUGCUCGCAUUACUCUGGUGUCAGGGUGAUGCAUUCAGUUCCGGACAUGAAUCACGCUUGGUGGAAUUGGCUCAGGGCCCUGUCAAAGGGUAUAAAGACAAAGAAUUUGACAUUUAUACAUUUUACGAUAUACCCUAUGCUACAGCUCCUACGGGUUUGGAUAGAUUUAAGGGUCCAUUGCCACCGCCGACUUGGUCUGAAGUAUUUGAAGCUGUAGACAAAGUAACAAUAUGUCCGCAAACCGAUCUCAUGGGUUGGCUUCCGAACGUAAAGACAAUGCAAGAAGAUUGUCUGACUGCAUCUGUAUAUGUUCCCGAUACUGUACAGAAACACUUACCGGUUGUUGUUUAUGUGCACGGAGGAGCUUACGUCAUGGGAUGGGGCAACAUGGUAACGCCCAAAAACUUCGUAAACAGUAAAAAAGUGAUUGCAGUAACGUUUAACUACAGAGUUGGAGCUCACGGAUUUCUUUGUUUAGGCACCAAUGACGUCCCUGGUAACGCAGGAAUGAAAGACCAAGUAGCACUGUUGCGUUGGGUGCAAAAGAAUAUAGCGAAAUUCCGCGGUGACCCUAAUGAUGUCACAAUCGCAGGAUACAGUGCGGGGUCAGCGUCAGUAGAUUUGCUGAUGAUCUCAAAAACAACAGAUAACUUGUUCAAAAGGGUUAUCCCAGAUAGCGGAGCCAAUACCGCAGCGUUCAGUGUUCAGAUAGAUCCAAUUCAAAAUGCUAAAGAAUACGCAAAGCUAUUAACUUCAAAAAAAUUUGAUAACUUAGUUGAUUUAGAAAGGUUUUUUAAAACCAUACCAUAUGAUCAAUUAAAUUCAGGAAACACGGGUUUCAGACCAGAUUCGUCGUUUGUUAUGACACCAUGCGUAGAACGUGAUUUGGGACAAGAAGUAUUUCUAGAUGAUAGCCCAGUUAACAUACUGAAAAGCGGUGACUAUAAAAAAGUACCAAUGUUAUACGGGUUUUGCGAUAUGGAAGGUUUCAUACGCUUAUUAAACUUUAACACAUGGAAAGAUUUAAUGAAUAAAAAAUUUUCUGAUUUCCUACCGGCCGAUUUGAAAUUCAAAAGCGAAAUAGAGAAGGAACAAGUCGCAGAAAGGGUCAAACGAUUUUACUUUGGAGACAAAGCUAUCAGUGAGGAAACAGUGCUAGCAUACGUUGACUACUUUUCCGAUGUUCUCUUCACCUAUUCAAUACUUAGAUCAGUUAAAUUGCAAGUAGAAGCUGGCAAUGAUCAGAUAUAUUUAUACGAGUAUUCAUACUAUGAUGAUGAGACAAUUCCCGUGCCUUAUACAAAUAACAUACGCGGUGCCAAUCAUUGUACACAAUGUGUGAUCGUUUUGGAUGGGUGGAAAGGCUAUAUAAACCGGACAAGUGGUACCGAUGAGUUCAAAACACAUGUCAAAAAUAUGAGGACAAUUUGGCUAAAUUUUAUGACAACUGGAAAGCCAGUACCUGAAGAUUCCGAAUUCCCAAAAUGGCCACCAGUCGGUGCAAAUAGAUCUCCCCAUAUGUCACUGGGUAAAACAAUAGAACUAAGGGGUACUCCUAGAAAAGAACGAACCGAACUCUGGGAUGAUAUAUAUGAAAAAUACUAUGCCUACCCAAUGCCACCAACUUCUCAAACACAUGUGGAAUUAUAAGGAAAUCUAUAUAAUUAUAAACAAAUAUGACUUUAGGCCUUUGGUCAGGGUCAGGUGACCCAAGAGCUGGCGCUUAAUUUGCCCAGAGGUAUUAUGAACAUUGCCAUCCAGAGGGGUACUUGGGUUUGGUUUUGGUUUCUCUUCUACACCAUUCAUAUCAGUCGGACGAUUAGGCUCGAGGUU